AGGUCCUUCCCUCCCUCCGUUUCCCCCGAAUGUCGAGCGAUUUUUUGUCCGACGUGGUUGCCCACUCCUCCCUCUUCGCUGAGUCCCCCUCCGCCACCCAUCUUUUGGUCGAAGCACUGGCGUACAAGAGCCUGAGUCGGCUGCGACAGGAUCGUUGGAUUCGCUUGGUCCGCAACGAACUGCGGAUCGAGCACAAAGCCGCACAGUUCAAGAUCAACCAAAAAGCUGGAAUCAAACCCUGCCCUUCCGAAGUCCAGGCAGCGGUGCGGGAGGCGGAAUCGGCAUCUAGCUUCAACCCUGUCAAGUCCGAGCCUUUUCGAGGUACCGACGUGGAGUCCUGUUUUUCCCGCCUUCAGGAUCGCACUGCGGUCCUACAAUCUCAAUUUAUCACCUUCGCAGUCGAUUUCUCCCUUCAAGCUUGCCUCCAGCUCCAGCCUAACCAAGGUCUUUUUUCGGCUGUGCACGAGUGCUGCGGCUAUCUGUGGACCGUUCAACUGGUCCGGCUCCCCAUCGCCUCCAUCGCCCCACCCUCCAACCCGCAGGCUAUCCGUCCCUCCCCUUCUACUUGCUUCACUCCCAGUUCGUCCGACCGUAUGGGCCUGUGGCUCCACCUGCUGCCAAUGAAGCCGUGUCCCACCUCCCCCUUUCCCCAUUCCAAGCCUCGCGGGCUCGCUGCUAUGGUUCAGCUUAGGAUCAACUGUGCUUUCGACGUACUGCCUGGCGCCAACCACACCUGGAUCCUUUUCGGUGGAAAGGAAGGCAAAGACAACAUCAAG